AUGGAAAUCCCCGCAUCAGUAAUUGUUUCGAGUGGCAUGCAUGCUUAUGUGGUUGUAAAAGCAUCAUUACACGCAAACGAUACAUCGAUAUUCGGUUUAAAUCCAACAGAAGUAAAUGCACUUGCGAAACGUUUUAAUAGUUCAGGAACUGUUAUUAAUGGUGUUAUGAUACAAACAACUCCAUUACGUAUUAUUAAUGCUUUAGGUGAAUUGGGUUAUAGAGUUGUAUCAACAUGUGGGGAUGCUGAAAUAUGUUGGACCUUAGAACGUGAACUUACUUCAUAAAAUGUUUAAACAUAAUUAUUUUUACAAUUAUGGAUGGAAAUAAUUUUACGUUAUCAUUUUUACGAUGGAGUGAAGUGAAAUUUAUGGACCUAGGACUUAGUUAUGAAUCAUUACAUGCCCAAGUUGCUAUGAACUGUACCAUGAUAGCAAUUGUUAUAAUUUUAUACUUAAAUUUGUCGUUUCAAGUAUUUAAAUUUUUA